AUGAAACAUGCUGGAGACUUGACUGCCGCUGCAGCACUUGCUGAUGAAGCUAGACGCAUGGACUUAGCAGAUCGCUAUAUAAACAGGGAAUGCGUUAAGCGUAUGCUGCAGGCAGAUCAACUCAACAAUCUUAAUGACACGCAGUGCAUGUGGUAUGAUCUUGCAUCUGGAGAUAGCUUACUUGGACGUGCUCUGAAGAAGUUUUUUAGCUGUGGAGAAGCACUGUUCUGA